CGGUUUUGACAAGGGUAGAUGGGAGUCUAUCGUUGCAUUCUGAGCAAGAAAAUAUCAUAAAUCUAAAAUUUUAAUUUUUCAUUUUAAAUUUUAAAUUUUAACCACCAAAAGAAAAAAAAAUAAAAAUUUAUCCGACCAGUCAAAGUUGUCUCCAUCGCGACUUUGUUGGCGCUAAUAAAAGGCAAAUCUGAUUGUACGGCCCACCACCGUCUUUCCCGGUUAGCCCAUCCACUAAGUAAUUCCAAAUUCCCUUCCUCAUUUUUUCUUCAUUACAUUUACGAAAAAACAACAAAAGAAACCACUCUCCUGCAAAAUUCAAAAACAAACAGACAACACAAAAUCAAAAGCCAUACUCACAUUUCACCGCAUAUACAGCAUCAACUCUUGCACUCCAACUCACGCACCACCGUACUCCUCCUCGGAAUCUUUUAAAACCAUGGAGCAACAGCCCAAGGCUGAGCCGGAGCAACGGAAACCGGUUCAUGAUUCGAAACAGGACUUUACGCCUGAUCCGAAAAUUGAAAAUCGAGAGGAUGCACUAGUUAACGGAGACGCUGAGAAGAGCAGUGCAGCAGCCACGGGAUCGGAUCCUGAGGUUGAUCAGUUGCAAGGUCCGAAUCGUAUGGGGUCCGCGAGAAAAUCGGUUCAUUGGAGCCCGGAAUUGGUGACCGAAUCACAUGCUUCGCAAAACAAUAGCAGCAACAGUAACAAUAAUGAGCAUAAUAAUAAUAACAAUAACGUUUAUUUUGACGGAUCCAACCCUUAUGUUUCUUCUUCUCCUGCUCAGGCUUCCUCUUCUUCUUCAUUUUCUUUUAAAGAUACGAUGGGGUCGGUGCGGGAUGUGUUGGGGAGGUGGGGAAAAAAGGUCGGUGAAGCUACUAAGAAGGCUGAGGAUCUCGCUGGGAACACGUGGCAGCACUUGAAAACGUCCCCUAGCUUUACAGAUGCUGCCCUGGGAAGAAUUGCUCAGGGAACAAAAGUCCUAGCAGAAGGUGGUUACGAGAAAAUCUUUCGACAAACAUUUGAAACAGUUCCUGAAGAGCAACUUCAAAACUCAUAUGCAUGUUACUUAUCCACAUCAGCUGGUCCAGUUAUGGGAAUUUUAUAUGUAUCUACAGCAAAGCUUGCAUUUUGUAGUGACAAUCCCCUUUCAUAUAAAAAUAGUGGCCAAACUGAAUGGAGUUAUUACAAGACUUGGCCAUGGCUCUAUACUCUGAUUCUGCACUCGAACGCGAGACAAUGUUUUGCUUCUUGCUUUUCCACGAAACCAGAUUUCCUCCAACAAACACACAGUAGCCUGAAGUAGAUCUUCGAUCUUUUCUGCACCUUGCCCAGUCAGCAUCUGAAAAACAUUCAAUCCUAGCAUGACCGUGGUUGCUAUAUAGGAUUCCUCGCCUAGGUGCUCCUUUCAAGUAAUACAAAAUUUGCUUUAAAACUUUCCAGUGAUUGACAGUUAGAGAAAACAUAUACUUACCACGCUGAAAGAAUAGGCAAUAUCAAGACGAGUCACAGUAAGAUAGUUUAACUUCUCAACUAAUCUUUUGUUUCUCUCAGGAUCUUCAAACAAUUCACCAUAUUUUGUAAGCUGCAAAUUAGGAACCAUUGGAGUACUACAUGGCUUAGCCCCCAAUUUCCCUGUCUCCAAUAAUAAGUCAAGUACAUACUUCUUUUGAGAUAAGAAAAUCCCUUACUCCUUAUUACUUCAACACCUAAAAAAUACUUUAGAGCCCUUAAAUCCUUUGUAUGAAAUUGACCAUGAAGAAAAGAUUUGAGUGAUGAAAUUCCGUUAUCAUUUCCAGUAAUGACAAUGUCAUCAACAUAAAUAACCAAUAAGAUGAUACCAACUGCAGACUGCUUAUAGAAAACAGAGUGAUCCGACUUGCUUUUCUUCAUGUCAAACUGCUCAAUAUUAACUUUCCAAACCAGGCCCGGGGAUUUUGUUUCAAUCCAUACAAGGAUUUAUGAAGACGACAAACUUUCCCGUACUCCUUCUGAGCAACAAAGCCAGGUGGUUGCUCCAUAUAAACUUCCUCUUGAAGGUCACAAUAAAGAAAUGCAUUUUUAAUGUCUAAAUGAUGAAGGGGCCAAUUAUAUGUGGCUGCUAGAGAAAUGAAUAAUCUGACAGAAGUAAGUUUAGCACCAUGAGAAAAAGUGUCAGAAUAAUCAACUCCAUAUGUUUGAGUAUAUCCCUUAGCAAUAAGUCGAGCCUUUAACCUAGCAACAGUCCCAUCUGGAUUAACUUUAACUGCAAAUACCCAUUUACAUCCAAUAGUCUUUUUACCCGCAGGCAAAUUUACCAGGGUCCAAGUACCAUUUUCAUCUAAAACAUUCAGGGUAAGAUAGAGCUUCAUGAACAGUUUUAGGAAUAGAAACAGAAUUAAGAGAAGCAAUAAAAGAACAAGAGGAUGGUGACAAAUGAUUAUAUGACACAAAAUAGAAUACCGGAUAAGUGCAUUGAUGUUUACCUUUAUGUAGGGCAAUAGGAAGAUCAUCACUAGAAUAGGAAGCCGGAUCUGAUGACGAAGGAACUAGCGCAGGACAUGGAGCAGGAGGACUUAGAACAAGAACAUGAAUAGGAUACAAAGCAGGAUUAGGAGGUUGUUGACGACGAGAAUAAACUUGUGUUAUAGGAGACUUAACUUGAGCAGAGGGAGGAAGAUCAUUAACAAUAUAAAUUAGUAAAUCAUCAUCCUCCCCCUGAUGGACAGAACCUGAAGAUGAGGCAAAUGGUGUUUGUUCUAGAAAGGUAACAUCAGCGGACACAAGAUAUUUAUUAAGACCAGGAUAAUAACAUCUAUAGCCUUUGUACACGAGAGUACUUAAGAAAGAUACAUUUGAGAGAUUUGGGAUCAAGUUUUGUAACCUGAGGUCGAACAUCACGAACAAAACAAGUGCAACCAAAUAUCCUAGGUUCAAUAGGAAAUAAUGACUUGUUAGGAAAGAGAACAUGAAAAUGAGUCUUACUCGAAAGAACAGAUGAGGACAUACGAUUAAUCAAAAAACAGGCUGUAGAAACUGCAUUAGCCCAAAAAUGUUUAAGGACUUGCAUUUGAAACAACAAAGCUCUAGCAGUCCCAAAAGAUGUCUAUUUUUUUUUUCAGCAACCCUAUUCUGAGACGAUGUAUCUACACAAAACAUUUGAUAAAUAAUGUCAUGUUGAAUCAUAUAGCAUUAUCACUUCGCAAAAUGAGAUCAAGACACAUUACACAAAAAGCAGUAAAGGGAGAGAACAAUUCUGAACGAUUUUUCAUCAAAUAUAACCAUGUCAUUCAAGAAUAAUCAUCAACAAAAGUAACACCCAGUUUUAGACAUAACUGGACAGUUUCCCAAACAUCUGAAUAGACUAAUUCAAAAGGAGCACUAGCUCGUUUAUUAAGUCUAGGCCUAAAACUCAGACGAUGGAGUGUAGCAAAUUGGCAAGACUCAAUCUAAUGAAGAACAGACUAGAAAACUGAGGGCAAAAUAUUUUUAAACCUAACCGACAAUAUGCUUCAGAUGAGGUCACGAUUCCAGAACACCCUAUAGACUUUGGUACUUGUGUCUCAAGAAUGUAAAUACCUCCCUAUUCAUAUCCUUUACUAAUAAUAGAAUAAAAAAACAACACAGCCGCAAUUUGUUUUGAAAAAUCAAACCUGUCCUAAACUAGAUUCUACACC